CCUAGCCCCCUCUCAUCUCUUCCUCCUCAGUUCUCCCAUAACUAGUUGCUCACUUGCUCCUCGUCGGCCUCCCCCUCGAGCCGCUUUUUCCCUCCUCUCCCCUCCUCCUAACAUUCUAUUUUUCCGCCUCCAUUCUCUCUGAUGCCAGGUUUUCCGCAAAUUAUCUCGUCUUCAGCCCCUUUGUUGCCACUGCAAGUGCAGUCACGAGCACCCGAUGGCCGACAAUACUUUCGUGGCACCCCUAAACUCGCUGGUCACCGUCGCCUUCUUUGCGGCUUACAGCUCUCUCCUCCUCUGCCCCGGAAUCCCGCCUCUGGUAUGAUGAUCAGGCUCCCUUCUCAGCCUUCUGCCCGACUUAAUCCUUCUGCCAUUACAGCAUUUGAUAAGCGUUCUCCUUUGUUGAGGGCUCUAUCGGACUCUGCCUCAGACUUUGGCUAUGGUCUUUCGGUGGGCAAGGAGAAAGCCAAGCUACAACAUGAUUAUGAAAUAGCAAAUAUCAAAGUUUCUGAGCUUUCAUAUCAAUCUUUUGCCUAUGGCGUGAAGCAUUAUUCCAUACAUGUGCUAGUUGUUGUGUUUGGGAUUAGAGUGGUAGCGAAGCUGAUCGAGUUGUUUAGAGAAUCUGGACUUGAACUUCUUACAUCAUUUUGGUUCUUGAUCACUACGAUGUUUUUCACCACUGCAAUGAUUUGGUUCUUGGUCGAUGCUUUGAUCGUGUCAAGCUUUCCACGGUACAGAUUGGAAGAAGCAAUUCAAGACCUUAAACUUGCUAAAUUUAAAUUGGAUCAGCAUAAUGCGGAGCAAUUGGUAAAAGCUUCUUAGAAGAUGUCCAAAUGACGGAAUGCUUUAAAGAAGCAAAGCCAUUUGAGGGGGAAGAUGGAACUUGAAUAGUAUUACAAGAAUUUUAUUUUAUUUUUUUUUAGUUUUUGAGUUUGGUUAUAUUUGUUUUGAAGAUGGUAAAGGACAUGGCUUGCUAACUAUGAAAAAAAAAAACUGUGUCUCUUA